AGAAGGGGCAGCAACUGGCUUCCCUUGGCUGUCAGGGGUGAUCACAUUGAUCGCCAACUUCUUGUCGUAGCCCAGUCGGCUGUCAAGAAGAUGGGUGGCUGUUGCUCCUGGGCCAUCUGCAGGUCCCGGCACUCAGCAGAGGAAGCCAGGUGAGUGGCUCUUUUUUCCUGCAUCCUGGACAGUGCUCCAUCCUUUGGGCUCUGGUGUGGCCAGCUGGAGGGAGGGGUGUGUGUGUGUGUGUGUGUGUGUGUGUGUAUGGCCAGCUGGAGAGAUGGGGUGUGUGUUCAGACAGAGCCCCAACUCUGGAGUCGCGGCAUAUAUUGCCUGAAUAGUGGGGUGUUCCCAUCUUCCUCCCACGUUCAGAAGGGCAAUAACUGGGCGGCUGAAUCCGAUGCUGAUUUCCGCAACUGCCUUCCUCAUCUCCAUCACCUUGAGCAGGCUGCCUUCCUCCUCUUCUUUGGAAUUAAAAACACAAAGCUGCAUGUUGGGGGCAGGGGGCACAGCAGGCCUGGUCAUUACUGGGAACCCACCCCCUUUCCUGUAUUUGCUCCUAAGGUUGUUUCUCCUCCUCUCUGCAGGGAUGAAGAUGAAGAGGAGGCACAGAUGGGUCCUUCUGUCCUUCCUGAUACACUUGUAUUGCCAGAAGCCCUCCCAGUGCCCUCCAUCCCCUCCGAAGCUCCGGAGGCAGAACAUCAGCAGGAGGCAGACUCACUGCCUGGACCCUGGCCUGUGCCUUCCACCCCCUCCAGCACACUGGGAGACCCACCAAAGGAGGAAACACCCCUUCGAGGACCUCUACCCAGGGCUGGCCGUCCCAGCCGAUACUAUAGGAGGAGGCGGAGAGGUGGGAGGCUGGCUGCCAGGACCCGGCCCAGGGGCUUUCGUCCGCUGGCUACGGUGGUGGAAGAACCAGAAGACAAGACCUUCGUAGCCUCUGGGCCAGGACCCCAGGCAGGGCUUUUCCACCCCACUCCGGAGCCUCCCUUGGCUGCCCAGGAUCAUCUUCGAGGAGUCCUGAUCCUCAGUGCAGGGCAAGUCAAAUACAUCCAGCAGCAACUCAAACUUCGCCGCGUCGCCUCACCCUCCUUCCUCUUCGUCUGGGGCCUCGCCCACCAAGGCCCCGACUCGCGGACAAGGCUCUGCAAGAGCAGGAGCCGCCUCCCAAGGAGGGAAAAGGAUGUCUUGCAGUUGACCAUGUUGUGAUGGCCACCAGGAAAGUAGGUUCUCCUGGCCAUCAGAGAAGGCCAAAGAGACUGCCCAGAGCGGAACAUCUAGGCAUCCAGUUUUGAUUGGUUUAGGGUUAGCAUACCAUUUUUAUUCUUUCUUAUGUUGUAUAGUUGUGCUAUGGUUGCCCUGAGCAGUCCUGCAUUGGAGGGCCAGGAUGCAAAUAUUGUUAAUAAAUUAUAUUUCAAGAGUCA